ACAGAAUAUCGUCAGAAAUAUCAACCUGCCUUUGACUCUGAGAAACAGCAUUAAUAUCACAGAUAUCGACAUGACUACUGUGUGUGGGUUAAAUGGAACAGAAUAUAAGUGCAACUGUGAGCAGAAUCAUGUUUGGCCCAGUGACACCUGCAGGGCCUAUCAGGUGUGUGAUAGCAUUGUGGGAGGCACUUGUGGAUGUAUUCAAGCUCUUCCUUCAGAGGGGCCACUUUGCCAGAGAGACAUCAAUGAAUGUAAAGAUGCAGUGUCAGUGUGUGGUCAGUAUUCCGAUUGUAUUAACAUCAUUGGGAGUCACAUGUGUUCAUGCUGGAGUGGAUUUAAUACCUUCAAUAAAGACAGUCCUGUGAGCCGCAACAACUCAUGUCAAGAUAUAGAUGAAUGUCUGUUCAGUCCAUCUGUAUGUGGUCCAAAUUCCAUCUGCACAAAUCAGCUGGGAAGUUACAAUUGCUCAUGUCUGGAUGGAUUCACUGCAACAGUUUCAAGUUUCCCCAUCAGCAAUGAUAACACAUGUACAGAUGUGCAUGAAUGUCUUAAUACAUUGGAGGUCUGUGGUCCAAACUCUUAUUGCACGAACUCAAUUGGGGGUUACAACUGUUCCUGCUUGAGUGGAUUUACUGUAACAGAUAGCAGUGAACCAGUCAGCACCAGUAACCCAUGCAAUGUGACUCUCCCUUUGACUGAGUAUCUGAUUGAAAUCCAGAUCAAUAGCAUGGACAGUAGCAUCACUGAUCAGCUGAGGAACCUUCUGAUGUUUUUCAGUUUGCCCUACACAAUCAGUGACAGCACUAACAUUACAGAAAUCAACAUAACUACUGUGUGUUCUCUGAAUGAAACUCAAUAUCAGUGUAAGUGUGAGGGUCUGUUUGUUUGGCCGAAUGACACGUGUCACUCAUACGAGGCCUGUGAUGUCAUCACUGAUGGUUCAUGUACAUGUAUCAAUGCUCUUCCAAUCGACGGACAGUUCUGCCAAGUUCUACCUUCUAACUACGUGAUUGACAUUGAUGUGAGAUUCUUUGACUCGUUCCUGGUGGGCGACUUACGGAAUAUCGUCAGAAAUAUCAACCUGCCUUUGACUCUGAGAAACAGCAUUAAUAUCACAGAUAUCGACAUAACUACUGUGUGUGGGUUAAAUGGAACAGAAUAUAAGUGCAACUGUGAGCAGAAUCAUGUUUGGCCCAGUGACACCUGCAGGGCCUAUCAGGUGUGUGAUAGCAUUGUGGGAGGCACUUGUGGAUGUAUUCAAGCUCUUCCUUCAGAGGGGCCACUUUGCCAGAGAGACAUCAAUGAAUGUAAAGAUGCAGUGUCAGUGUGUGGUCAGUAUUCCGAUUGUAUUAACAUCAUUGGGAGUCACAUGUGUUCAUGCUGGAGUGGAUUUAAUACCUUCAAUAAAGACAGUCCUGUGAGCCGCAACAACUCAUGUCAGGAUAUAGAUGAAUGUCUGUUCAGUCCAUCUGUAUGUGGUCCAAAUUCAAUCUGCACAAAUCAGCUGGGAAGUUACAAUUGCUCAUGUCUGGAUGGAUUCACUGCAACAGUUUCAAGUUUCCCCAUCAGCAACGAUAACACAUGUACAGAUGUGCAUGAAUGUCUUAAUACAUUGGAGGUCUGUGGUCCAAACUCUUAUUGCACGAACUCAAUUGGGGGUUACAACUGUUCCUGCUUGAGUGGAUUUACUGUAACAGAUAGCAGUGAACCAGUCAGCACCAGUAACCCAUGCAAUGUGACUCUCCCUUUGACUGAGUAUCUGAUUGAAAUCCAGAUCAAUAGCAUGGACAGUAGCAUCACUGAUCAGCUGAGGAACCUUCUGAUGUUUUUCAGUUUGCCCUACACAAUCAGUGACAGCACUAACAUUACAGAAAUCAACAUAACUACUGUGUGUUCUCUGAAUGAAACUCAAUAUCAGUGUAAGUGUGAGGGUCUGUUUGUUUGGCCGAAUGACACGUGUCACUCAUACGAGGCCUGUGAUGUCAUCACUGAUGGUUCAUGUACAUGUAUCAAUGCUCUUCCAAUCGACGGACAGUUCUGCCAAGUUCUACCUUCUAAGUACGUGAUUGACAUUGAUGUGAGAUUCUUUGACUCGUUCUUGGUGGGCUACUUACAGAAUAUCGUCAGAAAUAUCAACCUGCCUUUGACUCUGAGAAACAGCAUUAAUAUCACAGAUAUCGACAUGACUACUGUGUGUGGGUUAAAUGGAACAGAAUAUAAGUGCAACUGUGAGCAGAAUCAUGUUUGGCCCAGUGACACCUGCAGGGCCUAUCAGGUGUGUGAUAGCAUUGUGGGAGGCACUUGUGGAUGUAUUCAAGCUCUUCCUUCAGAGGGGCCACUUUGCCAGAGAGACAUCAAUGAAUGUAAAGAUGCAGUGUCAGUGUGUGGUCAGUAUUCAGAUUGUAUUAACAUCAUUGGGAGUCACAUGUGUUCAUGCUGGAGUGGAUUUAAUACCUUCAAUAAAGACAGUCCUGUGAGCCACAACAACUCAUGUCAAGAUAUAGAUGAAUGUCUGUUCAGUCCAUCUGUAUGUGGUCCAAAUUCCAUCUGCACAAAUCAGCUGGGAAGUUACAAUUGCUCGUGUCUGGAUGGAUUCACUGCAACAGUUUCAAGUUUCCCCAUUAGCAAUGAUAACACAUGUACAGAUGUGCAUGAAUGUCUUAAUACAUUGGAGGUCUGUGGUCCAAACUCUUAUUGCACGAACUCAAUUGGGGGUUACAACUGUUCCUGCUUGAGUGGAUUUACUGUAACAGAUAGCAGUGAACCAGUCAGCACCAGUAACCCAUGCAAUGUGACUCCCCCUUUGACUGAGUAUCUGAUUGAAAUCCAGAUCAAUAGCAUGGACAGUAGCAUCACUGAUCAGCUGAGGAACCUUCUGAUGUUUUUCAGUUUGCCCUACACAAUCAGUGACAGCACUAACAUUACAGAAAUCAACAUAACUACUGUGUGUUCUCUGAAUGAAACUCAGUAUCAGUGUAAGUGUGAGGGUCUGUUUGUUUGGCCGAAUGACACGUGUCACUCAUACGAGGCCUGUGAUGUCAUCACUGAUGGUUCAUGUACAUGUAUCAAUGCUCUUCCAAUCGACGGACAGUUCUGCCAAGUUCUACCUUCUAACUACGUGAUUGACAUUGAUGUGAGAUUCUUUGACUCGUUCCUGGUGGGCUACUUACAGAAUAUCGUCAGAAAUAUCAACCUGCCUUUGACUCUGAGAAACAGCAUUAAUAUCACAGAUAUCGACAUGACUACUGUGUGUGGGUUAAAUGGAACAGAAUAUAAGUGCAACUGUGAGCAGAAUCAUGUUUGGCCCAGUGACACCUGCAGGGCCUAUCAGGUGUGUGAUAGCAUUGUGGGAGGCACUUGUGGAUGUAUUCAAGCUCUUCCUUCAGAGGGGUCACUUUGCCAGAGAGACAUCAAUGAAUGUAAAGAUGCAGUGUCAGUGUGUGGUCAGUAUUCAGAUUGUAUUAACAUCAUUGGGAGUCACAUGUGUUCAUGCUGGAGUGGAUUUAAUACCUUCAAUAAAGACAGUCCUGUGAGCCACAACAACUCAUGUCAAGAUAUAGAUGAAUGUCUGUUCAGUCCAUCUGUAUGUGGUCCAAAUUCCAUCUGCACAAAUCAGCUGGGAAGUUACAAUUGCUCAUGUCUGGAUGGAUUCACUGCAACAGUUUCAAGUUUCCCCAUCAGCAACGAUAACACAUGUACAGAUGUGCAUGAAUGUCUUAAUACAUUGGAGGUCUGUGGUCCAAACUCUUAUUGCACGAACUCAAUUGGGGGUUACAACUGUUCCUGCUUGAGUGGAUUUACUGUAACAAAUAGCAGUGAACCAGUCAGCACCAGUAACCCAUGCAAUGUGACUCUCCCUUUGACUGAGUAUCUGAUUGAAAUCCAGAUCAAUAGCAUGGACAGUAGCAUCACUGAUCAGCUGAGGAACCUUCUGAUGUUUUUCAGUUUGCCCUACACAAUCAGUGACAGCACUAACAUUACAGAAAUCAACAUAACUACUGUGUGUUCUCUGAAUGAAACUCAGUAUCAGUGUAAGUGUGAGGGUCUGUUUGUUUGGCCGAAUGACACGUGUCACUCAUACGAGGCCUGUGAUGUCAUCACUGAUGGUUCAUGUACAUGUAUCAAUGCUCUUCCAAUCGACGGACAGUUCUGCCAAGUUCUACCUUCUAACUACGUGAUUGACAUUGAUGUGAGAUUCUUUGACUCGUUCCUGGUGGACUACUUACGGAAUAUCGUCAGAAAUAUCAACCUGCCUUUGACUCUGAGAAACAGCAUUAAUAUCACAGAUAUCGACAUGACUACUGUGUGUGGGUUAAAUGGAACAGAAUAUAAGUGCAACUGUGAGCAGAAUCAUGUUUGGCCCAGUGACACCUGCAGGGCCUAUCAGGUGUGUGAUAGCAUUGUGGGAGGCACUUGUGGAUGUAUUCAAGCUCUUCCUUCAGAGGGGCCACUUUGCCAGAGAGACAUCAAUGAAUGUAAAGAUGCAGUGUCAGUGUGUGGUCAGUAUUCAGAUUGUAUUAACAUCAUUGGGAGUCACAUGUGUUCAUGCUGGAGUGGAUUUAGUACCUUCAAUAAAGACAGUCCUGUGAGCUGCAACAACUCAUGUCAAGAUAUAGAUGAAUGUCUGUUCAGUCCAUCUGUAUGUGGUCCAAAUUCCAUCUGCACAAAUCAGCUGGGAAGUUACAAUUGCUCAUGUCUGGAUGGAUUCACUGCAACAGUUUCAAGUUUCCCCAUCAGCAACGAUAACACAUGUACAGAUGUGCAUGAAUGUCUUAAUACAUUGGAGGUCUGUGGUCCAAACUCUUAUUGCACGAACUCAAUUGGGGGUUACAACUGUUCCUGCUUGAGUGGAUUUACUGUAACAAAUAGCAGUGAACCAGUCAGCACCAGUAACCCAUGCAAUGUGACUCUCCCUUUGACUGAGUAUCUGAUUGAAAUCCAGAUCAAUAGCAUGGACAGUAGCAUCACUGAUCAGCUGAGGAACCUUCUGAUGUUUUUCAGUUUGCCCUACACAAUCAGUGACAGCACUAACAUUACAGAAAUCAACAUAACUACUGUGUGUUCUCUGAAUGAAACUCAGUAUCAGUGUAAGUGUGAGGGUCUGUUUGUUUGGCCGAAUGACACGUGUCACUCAUACGAGGCCUGUGAUGUCAUCACUGAUGGUUCAUGUACAUGUAUCAAUGCUCUUCCAAUCGACGGACAGUUCUGCCAAGUUCUACCUUCUAAGUACGUGAUUGACAUUGAUGUGAGAUUCUUUGACUCGUUCCUGGUGGACUACUUACGGAAUAUCGUCAGAAAUAUCAACCUGCCUUUGACUCUGAGAAACAGCAUUAAUAUCACAGAUAUCGACAUGACUACUGUGUGUGGGUUAAAUGGAACAGAAUAUAAGUGCAACUGUGAGCAGAAUCAUGUUUGGCCCAGUGACACCUGCAGGGCCUAUCAGGUGUGUGAUAGCAUUGUGGGAGGCACUUGUGGAUGUAUUCAAGCUCUUCCUUCAGAGGGGCCACUUUGCCAGAGAGACAUCAAUGAAUGUAAAGAUGCAGUGUCAGUGUGUGGUCAGUAUUCAGAUUGUAUUAGCAUCAUUGGGAGUCACAUGUGUUCAUGCUGGAGUGGAUUUAGUACCUUCAAUAAAGACAGUCCUGUGAGCCGCAACAACUCAUGUCAAGAUAUCAAUGAAUGUCUGUUCAGUCCAUCUAUAUGUGGUUCAGAUUCAGUCUGCACAAAUCAGCUGGGAAGUUACAAUUGCUCAUGUCUGGAUGGAUUCACUGCAACAAACUCACGUCUCCCUAUCAGCAUCAAUAACACAUGUAGAGAUGUGGAUGAAUGUCUAGAGACACCAGAGGUCUGUGGUCCAAACUCUCGUUGUAAAAACUCAACCGGGAGUUUCAACUGUUCCUGCUUGAGUGGAUUUACUGUAACAAAUAGCGGUGAACCAGUCAGCGCCAGUAACCCAUGCAAUGUGACUCUCCCUUUGACUGAGUAUCUGAUUGAAAUCCAGAUCAAUAGCAUGGACAGUAGCAUCACUGAUCAGCUGAGGAACCUUCUGAUGUUUUUCAGUUUGCCCUACACAAUCAGUGACAGCACUAACAUUACAGAAAUCAACAUAACUACUGUGUGUUCUCUGAAUGAAACUCAGUAUCAGUGUAAGUGUGAGGGUCUGUUUGUUUGGCCGAAUGACACGUGUCACUCAUACGAGGCCUGUGAUGUCAUCACUGAUGGUUCAUGUACAUGUAUCAAUGCUCUUCCAAUCGACGGACAGUUCUGCCAAGUUCUACCUUCUAACUACGUGAUUGACAUUGAUGUGAGAUUCUUUGACUCGUUCCUGGUGGACUACUUACGGAAUAUCGUCAGAAAUAUCAACCUGCCUUUGACUCUGAGAAACAGCAUUAAUAUCACAGAUAUCGACAUAACUACUGUGUGUGGGUUAAAUGGAACAGAAUAUAAGUGCAACUGUGAGCAGAAUCAUGUUUGGCCCAGUGACACCUGCAGGGCCUAUCAGGUGUGUGAUAGCAUUGUGGGAGGCACUUGUGGAUGUAUUCAAGCUCUUCCUUCAGAGGGGCCACUUUGCCAGAGAGAUAUAAAUGAAUGUCUGUUCAGUCCAUCUGUAUGUGGUCCAAAUGCCAACUGCACAAAUGAAAAGGGAAGUUACAAUUGCUCAUGUCUGGAUGGAUUCACUGCAACCAUUAUAAAUCUUACUAUCAGCAUCAAUAACACAUGUAGAGAUGUGGAUGAAUGUGUUGAGAUACCAGACGUCUGUGGUCCAAACUCAAUCUGUAACAACACUGUUGGGAGUCACAAUUGUUCGUGCAUGAGGGGAUAUAAUGUAACAGAUCCAAACCUCCCUAUAAACAGCAAUAACACAUGUGAAGAUAUAGAUGAAUGUCUGUUCAGUCCAUCUGUAUGUGGUCAAAAUGCCAACUGCACAAAUGAAAAGGGAAGUUACAAUUGCUCAUGUCUGGAUGGAUUCACUGAAACAAAUUUAAGUUUCCCCAUCAGCAACGAUAACACAUGUAGAGAUGUGGAUGAAUGUGUUGAGAAACCAGACAUCUGUGGUCCAAACUCAAUCUGUAACAACACUGUUGGGAGUCACAAUUGUUCGUGCAUGAAUGGAUAUAAUGUACCAGAUCCAAACCUCCCUAUAAACAGCAGUAACAUAUGCACAGAUAUAAAUGAAUGUCUGUUCAGUCCAUCUGUAUGUGGUCCAAAUGCCAACUGCACAAAUGAAAUGGGAAGUUACAAUUGCUCAUGUCUGUAUGGAUUCACUGUAACAAAUUUAAGUUUCCCCAUCAGCAACGAUAACACAUGUAGAGAUGUUGAUGAAUGUGUUGAGAUACCAGACAUCUGUGGUCCAAACUCAAUCUGUAACAACACUGUUGGGAGUCACAAUUGUUCAUGCAUGAGUGGAUAUAAUGUAACAGAUCCAAACCUACCUAUAAACAGCAAUAACACAUGUGAAGAUGUGGAUGAAUGUGUUGAGAUACCAGACAUCUGUGGUCCAAACUCAAUCUGUAACAACACUGUUGGGAGUCACAAUUGUUCGUGCAUGAGUGGAUAUAAUGUAAUAGAUCCAAACCUCCCUAUAAACAGCAGUAACAUAUGCACAGAUAUAAAUGAAUGUCUGUUUAGUCCAUCUGUAUGUGGUCCAGAUGCCAACUGCACAAAUGAAAUGGGAAGUUACAAUUGCUCAUGUCUGGAUGGAUUCACUGAAACAAAUUUAAGUUUCCCCAUCAGCAACGAUAACACAUGUAGAGAUGUGGAUGAAUGUGUUGAGAUACCAGACAUCUGUGGUCCAAACUCAAUCUGUAACAACACUGUUGGGAGUCACAAUUGUUCGUGCAUGAGUGGAUAUAAUGUAACAGAUCCAAACCUCCCUAUAAACAGCAAUAACACAUGUGAAGAUAUAAAUGAAUGUCUGUUCAGUGCAUCUGUAUGUGGUCCAAAUGCGAACUGCACAAAUGAAAAGGGAAGUUACAAUUGCUCAUGUUUGAAUGGAUUCACUGCAACAAACUCAAGUCUAUCCAUCAGUAUUAAUAACACAUGUAGAGAUGUGGAUGAAUGUGAGACACCAGACAUCUGUGGUCCAAACUCAAUCUGCUACAACACUGUUGGGAGUUACAAUUGUUCAUGCAUGAGUGGAUAUAAUGUAACAGACCCAAACCUCCCUAUAAACAGCAAUAACACAUGCAAAGAUAUUUAUGAAUGUCUUGACUCAGUAUCAGUGUGUGGACUGAACUCUUACUGUUACAAUUACAACGGAAGCUUCUCGUGCUUUUGUUGGGAAGGAUAUAAUGUUUCAGAUGUAAAUAAAGAAGUUUCCAAAAGUAACCCAUGCAUUGAUAUAAAUGAAUGUCUGUUCAGUCCAUCUGUAUGUGGUCCAAAUGCCAACUGCACGAAUGAAAUAGGAAGUUACAAUUGCUCAUGUUUGGAUGGAUUCACUGCAACAAAUUCAAGUCUCUCCAUCAGCAUCAAUAACACUUGUAGAGAUGUGGAUGAAUGUGUUGAGAUAUCAGAUGUCUGUGGUCCAAACUCAAUCUGUAACAACACUGUUGGGAGUCACAAUUGCUCGUGCAUGAAUGGAUAUAAUGUAACAGAUCCAAACCUUCCUAUAAACAGCUAUAACCCAUGCAAAGAUAUUUAUGAAUGUCUUGAUUCAGUAUCAGUGUGUGGGCCAAACUCUUACUGCUACAAUUACAACGGAAGCUUCUCGUGCUUUUGUUGGGAUGGAUAUAAUGUCAGUGAUGGAAAUACAACAAUUAGUGAAGACAACCCAUGCACUGAUAUAAAUGAAUGUCUGUUCAGUCCAUCUGUAUGUGGUCCAAAUGCCAACUGCACAAAUGAAAAGGGAAGUUACAAUUGCUCAUGUCUGGAUGGAUUCACUGCAACAAACUCAAGUCUCUCCAUCAGCAAUGAUAACACAUGUAGAGAUGUGGAUGAAUGUGUUGAGAUACCAGACAUCUGUGGUCCAAACUCAAUCUGUAACAACACUGUUGGGAGUCACAAUUGUUCGUGCAUGAGUGGAUAUAAUGUAACAGAUCCAAACCUCCCUAUAAACAGCAAUAACACAUGUGAAGAUGUAAAUGAAUGUCAGUUCAGUCCAUCUGUAUGUGGUCCAAAUGCCAACUGCACAAAUGAAAAGGGAAGUUACAAUUGCUCAUGUCUGGAUGGAUUCACUGCAACAAACUCAAGUCUCCGAAUCAACAUCAAUAACACUUGUAGAGAUGUGGAUGAAUGUGUUGAGAUACCAGACAUCUGUGGUCCAAACUCAAUCUGUAACAACACUGUUGGGAGUCACAAUUGUUCGUGCAUGAGUGGAUAUAAUAUAACAGAUCCAAACCUCCCUAUAAACAGCAAUAACAUAUGUGAAGAUAUAAUUGAAUGUCUGUUCAGUCCAUCUGUAUGUGGUCCAAAUGCCAACUGCACAAAUGAAAAGGGAAGUUACAAUUGCUCAUGUUUGGAUGGAUUCACUGCAACAAACUCAAGUCUCCGAAUCAACAUCAAUAACACUUGUAGAGAUGUGGAUGAAUGUGUUGAGAUACCAGACAUCUGUGGUCCAAACUCAAUCUGUAACAACACUGUUGGGAGUCACAAUUGUUCGUGCAUGAAUGGAUAUAAUGUAACAGAUCUUAACCUCCCUAUAAACAGCAAUAACACAUGCAAAGAUGUGAAUGAAUGUGUUGAGAUACCAGACAUCUGUGGUCCAAACUCAGUCUGUAACAACACUGUUGGGAGUCACAAUUGUUCGUGCAUGAGGGGAUAUAAUGUAACAGAUCCAAACCUCCCUAUAAACAGCAAUAACACAUGUGAAGAUAUAGAUGAAUGUCUGUUCAGUCCAUCUGUAUGCGGUCCAAAUGCCAACUGCACAAAUGAAAAGGGAAGUUACAAUUGCUCAUGUCUGGAUGGAUUCACUGCAACAAACUCAAGCCUCAAAAUCAGCAUCAAUAACACUUGUAGAGACGUUGAUGAAUGUGUUGAGAUAUCCAACAUCUGUGGUCCAAACUCAAUCUGUAACAACACUGUUGGGAGUCACAAUUGUUCGUGCAUGAGUGGAUAUAAUGUAACAGAUCCAAACCUCCCUAUAAACAGCAGUAACAUAUGCAAAGAUAUAAUUGAAUGUCUGUUCAGUCCAUCUGUAUGUGGUCCAAAUGCAAACUGCACAAAUGAAAAGGGAAGUUAUAAUUGCUCAUGUCUGGAUGGAUUCACUGCAACAAACUCAAGUCUAUCCAUCAGUAUUAAUAACACAUGUAGAGAUGUGAAUGAAUGUGUUGAAAUACCAGACAUCUGUGGUCCAAACUCAAUCUGUAACAACACUGUUGGGAGUCACAAUUGUUCGUGCAUGAGUGGAUAUAAUGUAACAGAUCCAAACCUCCCUAUAAACAGCAAUAACACAUGUGAAGAUAUAAUUGAAUGUCUGUUCAGUCCAUCUGUAUGUGGUCCAAAUGCAAACUGCACAAAUGAAAAGGGAAGUUACAAUUGCUCAUGUCUGGAUGGAUUCACUGCAACAAACUCAAGUCUAUCCAUCAGCAUCAAAAAUCUAUGUAGAGAUGUGGAUGAAUGUUUUGAGAUACCAGACAUCUGUGGUCCAAACUCAAUCUGUAACAACACUGUUGGGAGUCACAAUUGUUCAUGCAUGAGUGGAUAUAAUGUAACAGAUCCAAACCUCCCUAUAAAUCGCAGUAACAUAUGCAAAGACGUUGAUGAAUGUGUUGAGAUACCAGACAUCUGUGGUCCAAACUCAAUCUGUAACAACACUGUUGGGAGUCACAAUUGUUCAUGCAAGAGUGGAUAUAAUGUAACAGAUCCAAACCUCCCUAUAAACAGCAAUAACACAUGUAAAGAUAUAAUUGAAUGUCUGUUCAGUGCAUCUGUAUGUGGUCCAAAUGCCAACUGCACAAAUGAAAAGGGAAGUUACAAUUGCUCAUGUUUGGAUGGAUUCACUGCAUCAAACUCAAGUCUCCCCAUCAGCAACAAUAACACAUGUACAGCAGAACCACCAACACCAACUACCACAACCACUACGGCUGCAACACCUAAUGCAACAAUCAUUACAUCUGCGACACCUAAUACAACAAUCAUUACAUCUGCAACACCUAAUGCAACAAACACUACAUCUGCAGCACCUAAUACAACAAUCAUUACAUCUGCAACACCUAAUGCAACAAACACUACAUCUGCAGCACCUAAUACAACAAUCAUUACAUCUGCAACACCUAAUGCAACAAACACUACAUCUGCAGCACCUAAUACAACAAUCAUUACAUCUGCAACACCUAAUUCAACAAUCAUUACAUCUGCAACACCUAAUGCAACAAGCAUUACAUCUGCAACACCUAAUGCAACAAUCAUUACAGCUGCAACACCUACUACAACAAACACUACAUCUGCAACACCUACUACAACAACCACUACAGCUGUAACACCUAAUACAACAAACACUACAUCUGCAGCACCUAAUACAACAAGCAUUACAGCUGCAACACCUAAUACAACAAACACUACAUCUGCAGCACCUAAUACAACAAGCAUUACAGCUGCAACACCUAAUACAACAAACACUACAUCUGCAACACCUAAUACAACAAGCAUUACAGCUGCAACACCUAAUGCAACAAGCAUUACAGCUGCAACACCUAAUGCAACAAGCAUUACAGCUGCAACACCUAAUGCAACAAGCAUUACAGCUGCAACACCUAAUGCAACAAGCAUUACAGCUGCAACACCUAAUGCAACAAGCAUUACAGCUGCAACACCUAAUGCAACAAGCAUUACAGCUGCAACACCUAAUGCAACAAGCAUUACAGCUGCAACACCUAAUGCAACAAUCAUUACAGCUGCAACACCUAAUGCAACAAUCAUUACAGCUGCAACACCUACUACAACAACCACUACUGCUGCAACACCUACUACAACAACCACUACUGCUGCAACACCUACUACUACUCCAAAAACUACAGUUCUUCUAAUCUCAAUGAAAAUCGAUGCCGUUUUUGAUACCAGUCUCAACAACCAAAAUAAUGAGAAGUUCAAAAUCCUUGCCAGACAAAUUGAGUCAGCAAUUGAACAAAUUUACAAAAAUGUGCUUGCCUACAAAAAAGGUUCAAUAAAAGUAUUUCGUUUCAGGCCUGGUAGCAUUAUAGCAGACUAUCAGAUUGAAUCAACAGACAGCAGCCCCAACAGCCCUGCAUUUGCAGAAGCAAACACACAGCUCAUCAGCGUUCUCAAAGAUCAAGGAAUCACUGUAGCUCCGAAUGCUUUUGCUCAGAGUGAACAAAAGAACUUGUCCACAGCAAAAAACUGGUAUCCAGAGCAAAAUAUGGUGCUGAAAUGCGAACGCCUAGACUCAGGUACAAUGAGAUGGACAGUGAAUGACCAAGAUCCUGCACAAAACAAAGUUAAAUACGUCAUUUCAGAUGACAGUACCACUCUCACUGUGAACAACGUCAAUGAGAAUGACAAAGCUCGAUAUGCAUGUAUCAUAGACAGGACAAUACCUUACAUUCAAUGGCAAGAUAUAGUUAUUGAAACACUUCCCAAUAUCAUAGUGGGUGAAAAUGUAAGAAAGUUUCAGUGUGUUGACCAGACUGUUUCACUGAAAUGCUGUGAAGAGAAGUACAGUGUGGAGUGGACCCAGAUAACCUCUGAUGAUGUAGUGACUUCAGAGGACAAAUGCAUCACAUUAAGACAUACAAUCAAAACUGGAAAUUGUGGGAGUAAAACCUUUACAUGUCGACUCAAGGACCCGUUGCUUCAAGGUUUCACCUACAGCAGUAAAAGUGUUAUUGUUAAUAAAGUGAACGCAGUGUUCAGCUGUAAAGAUGCAACAUUUGGGGAUGGACAGGAAGGUGAUACUUUGACAGGACCCUGUGAAAAAGGCAAGGAAGGCACAAUAAAAUAUAGAUGUAGUUCAGGUAGAUGGGUGCCUCAGGAGACAAACUGUAUACUUCAAGUUAUCAAAGGCCUUGAAAAGGAUGCUGCGGUCUUGGUGGUGCAGGACAUACCAGUAUUUGUUGCUCAGCUGAGUACUGCUACAGAGAAUAAUACACAAGUGAUAACACAGUCUGCUGUGACUGUCCAAACCAUUGUUGGAAUACUUGUGAAAGUUUCUGGUGUUUCACAAAACAUUAUCAUCAAUCAGCCGGUGAUGGAGGAUUUCCUUAAAACAGUGGAUAUCAUUGUUUCGACAUCUGCCAUUGAAACCUGGAAUAAAUUAAACAAUAACAACAAGACAGAUAACACCAGCACAGCACUUCUGAAAGCUAUUGAGGAUAUAAGUAACCGUCUCACAAAUGCCAAUUUUAGGAUUAAUGCAACAUCUAUUGAGUUGAAUAGAACUAUAACAAACACCACCUUUUAUAGUGGAAUAUCGAAUCUGCCAAACUCAACUACUGAGAUCCAGAUACCAGAGAUUUCUUUAUCCACUGCUAUAACCAUCAUAGUCUUCACAACUCUUGACAGCAUCCUACCUACUCGAGAUACUAGAAGUAACGGCAGUAGCAAAUCAGAUAUGCGCAUCAAUGGAGAUGUGGUUGUGGUAAAAGUUGACAACAAAACGAUUAACAACAUAUCUUUUGCGUUUGACAUUACUAAUAAGUCUUUGGGAAAUCCUCAGUGUGUCUUUUGGAACUUUUAUCUCGAUGCAUGGGAUUCCACUGGAUGUAAAUCAAAGUCCUAUAAAAGUGAAGGGAACAGAACUGGCAAGAUUACAUGUGAAUGCAACCAUACAACCUCUUUUUCAAUCCUAAUGUCACCGUUUUCCAUUGAUAACAUUGCCUUAGCCUAUAUAACUUACAUUGGCGUAGCCAUUUCGAUGGCCAGCUUGAUUAUAUGCCUGAUUAUUGAGACUAUUGUGUGGAGGUCAAUGACAAGAAACGACACAUCCUACAUGCGACAUGUCUCCAUAGUCAACAUUGCCGUGUCUCUGCUGAUAGCAAAUGUCUGUUUUAUCAUUGGAGCCGCAGUCGCAGAAAGUGAGCAGCCAACUUCAGUUGGUCGCUGCAGUCCAGUGGUUUUCUUCAUGCACUUCUUUUACCUGGCUCUUUUCUUCUGGAUGUUAAUGUCAGCGCUGUUGCUCUUUUACCGUACCGUCAUGGUCUUGUCUCAAAUGUCAAGGGCUAAAAUGAUGGCCAUUGCCUUCAUAGUUGGUUAUGGUGCACCUUUGCUCAUAGCGGCCAUUACGGUUGCAUCAACAGCUGGACCUCAAAAUUAUGUUUCCAAAAGAAAUGCAUGCUGGCUGAACUGGUUAGAAUCAAAGGCCCUGCUGGCAUUUGUGGUUCCAGCUCUCACUAUUGUAGCCAUAAACCUUUUGGUUUUGAUUGUGGUUCUGUACAAGAUGUUGAGGAGAGGAGUUGGUGCCACAACUCAACCAGAUGAGAAACAUGCCCUGGUGGUCAUUGCCAGAUGUGUGGCCAUUUUGACUCCUAUCUUUGGUCUUACAUGGGGAUUUGGAAUUGGAACCAUGGUGUCACAGGAAUUAGGCAUUCAUGUGGUGUUUGCACUCCUCAAUUCACUGCAGGGGUUCUUUAUUUUGGUGUUUGGAACACUUUUAGACAGCAAGAUCCGUGAGGCUCUGGCAGGAAGACUGUCACUAAGGAACCUUACCAGCUCCAACCGAACCAGGAGUACUAGUGCAGGACCGUCAUCUUCAGGCAUACAGAGUUUAUUUCAAAGGAUGCGGAGAAGAAAUGUGUACAACGUUUCUGAAGCUUUCUCAGCAGCUACAUCUUCACACAAUUCCAGUGGCACAGAUACUUUUGUGAAUGCAUAAUCAGCUAACUUCAUUAAAACUAUAGUCUACUUUAUUAAAUGUUAAACAGCCUUUUCCAAACAAGUUUUCUACCUUGCUAGUAUAUGUAAACCGUAUUAUCAGUUACUGAUUUCUGGGAAGAAGUAUUUCUAUGUUCUGACAUAUUAAUAACAAUUUCUUACAAUCAACAGAUCUAAUAUUUAAUCAAGAAUAUGUUUAAUAUGAUGGUGCAGUAGGCAUGAUUGCAUAAAUUUCUGAAAAAAAAUAUAUAUAUAUACAUUUGCCUUUUGUCAUACUGUUCUGUACUGAUUAUUUAAAUAAAUAAAUAUAAAAAUAGUUUUACAGCUUCACCGAAAAUGAAAAGCAUUUUUAUUUUACAUUUAUUUGAUAGUAGUAAUCAUAUCCAACUACAGAGAGUGGAUCUCCCAUCCAAUGUUUUAAUGCAAAUAUAAUUGACUUUACAUUUAUAUAUGGCCAGAUAUUGAG